AUGCUGACGUUGCUUAGAAUCGGCACGAACUGGCUAUCCGGUGAAGAGCGAUCUCGGCUAGAGGCCGUUCAACGCGACUGGCGUCUUAGUCGUCCAUACAACGCCAACGCGACCAAUCGACCAUGGAUUCGAGCUCGUCAUCGAGAACAACAACAACAGCAACAAUCACCAGAUAAUAAAACACCCAUUCCUGCAAACGCUGAUACUGGGCUUGUUGCUGCUCCACAAAAUGCACUUGUUCCAAUAACUGCGCAAACGAGCAUAUUUGAUCGUACAAGGUUAGUCAUUAUUGACAUAACGAAACCAUGCUUAUCUCAAUUUUGCCCUCUUCUACUUUAUAUCUAUGCAUUCUGUUAUUUUUCUUUUUUACUUCUUCCUUCAUCCCGCAAGGUUUCCUGUGAGAAGCUACCUUAUUUUGUGAGUAAGUAAAU